UAGUUGUCAAAAUGGCGGGUGAAGGUUCUGCAAGUGUGAAUCCAAAUUGUGAAGUUGUUCGUGGACAAACGUUCGAAGUUGGUCCACGAUACACGAAUUUGUCAUACAUGGGUGAGGGUGCCUACGGAAUGGUCGUAUCUGCUUAUGAUAAUGUAACAAAAACAAAGGUAGCUAUUAAAAAAAUUUCACCCUUUGAACAUCAAACAUAUAGUCAGAGAACAUUAAGGGAAAUAAAAAUUUUGACUAGGUUUAAGCAUGAAAAUAUAAUAGAUAUAAGAGAUAUAUUAAGGGCACCUACUAUAGAACAAAUGAAAGAUGUAUAUAUUGUUCAAUGUCUAAUGGAAACUGAUCUCUAUAAACUUCUUAAAACACAGGCUAUUAGUAAUGAUCAUAUAUGUUAUUUUCUUUACCAAAUAUUAAGGGGAUUAAAGUAUAUUCAUUCUGCAAAUGUAUUACAUAGAGACUUGAAACCAAGCAACUUGCUGUUAAAUACCACAUGUGACCUUAAAAUCUGUGAUUUUGGUUUAGCUAGAGUUGCUGAUCCAGAGCAUAAUCAUGCUGGUUUUCUUACUGAAUAUGUAGCAACAAGGUGGUAUAGAGCUCCAGAAAUAAUGCUUAAUUCCAAGGGCUAUACUAAGUCUAUAGAUAUUUGGUCAGUUGGUUGCAUUCUUGCAGAAAUGCUUUCCAGAAGAGCAAUAUUUCCUGGUAAACACUAUUUAGAUCAACUAAAUCAUAUAUUGGGAGUCCUUGGAUCACCAUCCCCUGAGGAUCUUGAGUGCAUUAUAAAUGAAAAAGCACGAAAUUAUCUUCAAUCAUUACCAUAUAAACCAAAGGUUCCAUGGACAAGUUUAUUUCCAAAUGCUGAUUUGCGAGCUUUAGAUUUGUUAGAUAAAAUGUUAACAUUUAAUCCUAACAAACGGAUUGUUGUAGAGGAUGCUUUAGCACAUCCUUAUUUAGAACAAUAUUAUGAUCCCGCUGAUGAACCGGUUGCAGAAGAACCAUUUAAGUUUGACAUGGAAUUAGAUGAUCUUCCAAAAGAAGUAUUGAAACAAUAUAUCUUUGAAGAAACUAUAUUAUUCCAAAAGAAUCAUCAAGAAAACGCUAUGUAGUCUACUGCUGCAGUGAAUUUGCAGAAUAACCAAAAAGGAAGCGAAAAUAUAAUGUCAGAGUAACGAAAGUGUACUUUUAUAGUUGUCUACGAUCAAAGCAAGAAAGAAAAAAAAAAAGAAAAAUAAAAUAGAAUAAAACGAAA